AUGGAAGAUAAUUCUGCUAUCGACUUCCCGCGAUCUGCGCGAGACAAAUACAUUCCUUUCAAGGUAGCUGGUGCAGGAAACCGUGGGCUCGUCUACUUCGCCCUCCCCAUCCAUGACCUCCCGAAGGAGCCCCCGAAAAGCAGCGAUCAAUACGCCGCUCUUCGCCAGAAACUCGUCGCCGUCAAGCUCCUCAAGACCUACUCCGGGGCGCAACCACAAGCCGAGCUAGACAGCAUCCAAAACCUACAGCUAACCCUAGCGUCCGGAACAUCAGGGGUCCCUACGGCAUGGGAUCCAGUAACCAGGCUCUUGCCGUGGCCAAUUCGCUUGUCCCGCGCAAUGGACGCGCCAUGGUAUGCGAUGCGCGCCAUUCACGGGGCGACCUUAGAAACGCUGCUUGAGAUUGAACCCUUGCUCCCGCGCUCCCUCGUGUUCUGGAUUUUCCGCGAGCUCGUGACAGCCUUAGCGACGAUCCGGGCGCGCGGAAUGAUGUACACGGAUCUGUCGCCGAGCAAUAUAAUGCUGCACGGGGUAUCUGGGGACACGGCAGUCGCGGAGCCGCUCAGCAUGACGUUGUUGGACCCCGGGAGCGUCAGGCCGCACACGAGGGCCCGCGAGGAGUAUGCUUGCUUGACGCUGCUUACGGUUAUGCAUGAGGUUUCUAAGGAGCGGGAACUCCCUAAGGUGUCGAAAGAGCAGCGUGGUAUGGUGUCCGCUGCGGACGAUUUCUAUUUCUUCGUCCGAGCGGGCAGACGGCAGAGGGAGAGGCGGAUACCGGUGCUAGCGCUGGAUCGGCUGUGGCAGGGAUUUGCGGAGGUGGUGGAGGCUUUUCGGAGGACGGUGGGUGUGCAGGUUCCGGAUUGUUGGAUAGCGGAGCUCGCGAAGCCGAUUAUGAGUGACGAAGAGCUUGACGCGGCCAUUAUUGAGGGGGGUUUGAGGGUUCGGAUCGACGAGAGGGGAUAG